AACCACGCUCAGAAAGGCUAUGUUUCGAGAGGUGGUGCGGCUCUGUGCAGCCCGAGGCCGGUUGGGCCGGAGGCUAAGCACGCUCAGAGGAGGCUCGACUCGGGGCUGGGCUGGAAAGGUGUCCGAAAUUAAGAAGAAGGUACAGUCAGUUCUUCCUGGAGGGACCUGGAAUCCACUGUAUGACACCAGCCACCUGCCCCCUGAGCAGUCGGACGUGGUGAUUGUGGGGGGUGGGGUGCUUGGCCUGUCUGCGGCUUACUGGCUGAAGAGGCUGGAGCAGCAACGGGGUGCCAUCCGGGUGCUGGUGGUGGAGCGGGACCCCACGUACUCCCAGGCCUCUACUGGGCUUUCCGUGGGCGGGAUCCGUCAGCAGUUCUCCUUGCCCGAGAACAUCCAGCUCUCCCUCUUCUCGGUCGACUUUCUACGGAACAUCAACGAUUACCUGGCUGUAGUCGACGACCCUCCUCUGGACCUCCAGUUCAACCCCUCAGGUUAUCUUUUGCUCGCUUCAGAAAAGGAUGCCUCGAUCAUGGAGAACAACGUGAAAGUGCAGAGGCAGGAAGGAGCCAAAGUGUGUCUGAUGUCUCCCGAGCAGCUGCGGAGCAAGUUUCCCUGGAUAAACACAGAGGGAGUAGCCUUGGCGUCUUACGGGUUGGAAGGCGAAGGUUGGUUUGACCCCUGGUGUCUGCUCCAGGGGCUCCGCCAAAAGGUCCGGUCCAUGGGGGUCCAUUUCUGCCACGGAGAGGUGACACGUUUUGCCCUUUCCUCUAACCACAUGGAGACCACAAGUGGGGAAAAGAUGACUUUGAGAAGGAUCCAUGAAGUCCAUGUGAAAAUGGACCACAGCGUGGAGUACCAGCCUGUGGAGUGCGCCAUAGUGAUCAACGCCGCGGGGGCCUGGUCUGGACGGAUAGCAGAGCUGGCUGGUAUUGGGAAGGGGUCGCCUGGCACCCUACAGGGCACCAAGCUGCCUGUGGAGCCGAGGAAAAGGUACGUGUACCUAUGGCACUGCCCCCAGGGACCGGGCCUGGAGGCGCCAUUCGUCGCAGACACCAGUGGAGCCUACUUCCGCCGGGAUGGGUUAGGCAGCAACUACUUGGGUGGCUGUAGCCCCACGGAGGAGGAGGAACCAGACCCAGGGAACCUGGAAGUGGACCACGAUUUCUUCCAGAACAAGGUGUGGCCCCCUUUGGCCCAGAGGAUCCCAGCUUUUGAGAGUCUGAAGGUCCAGAGCGCUUGGGCUGGCUACUACGACUACAAUACCUUCGACCAGAACGGUGUGGUGGGCCCCCACCCCCUGGUCGUCAACAUGUACUUUGCCACGGGGUUCAGUGGCCAUGGACUCCAGCAGGCGCCCGCCGUGGGGCGAGCAGUGGCCGAGAUGGUGCUAGAGGGCCAGUUCAAAACCAUCAACCUGAGCCCCUUCCUCUUCAGCCGCUUUUACUUGGGAGAGAAAGUCCAAGAGCACAAUAUCUUCUGAGCCUGUAAGCUCUUCACUGGCCUCCUUCCCCCCUGUGUCGCCCCGUCCCCUGGCUCAGGUCCUGGCGCAUGUUCACAUCGUCCUCCCCGGCAUGGUGCCGAGGUCUCCUCCACUUUCCUCCUCUCGUCCAGGCGAUUCUGUUGCCAUGUGGCUGGAAGGGUGGGCAGACUGCAGGCUCUGAGGUCCUGUGCCGGGGGCCCAGGCUGAGGCUACCCACCAAGGUAGUCCAGCAGGACAGAACGCCGUGGUGGUCCUGAGCACUGUGGCCCAGGACUGGCUCCUUCCUGGUACCAACCCAACAAUCUCUGCCCCUCAUCACAGAGCCCAGACAGGAAGUGUUCUGGUACAGCCUGGCCCAAAUUUAUUAUGAAUCAAUAAAUGUGAUUAACUCUGUCCUGCCACUUUUGUGUCCCUUCCUCUUCUCCCCAUGGCAGUUGCUUUUGAAGUGCCCAUCAGGCUGGGAGAAGCACAGCUGCUGCCGCCGCCGCCUCCUUCUCUUCCUCCCAGGAGCAUUCUUAAGUCCUCGUUGGCAAGCUGGUGCC